AUGGGUAGAAUACCGCAUAACAUGAAAGGUGGGAUAAUGAAGAUGGGUAGAAUACCGUAUAACAUGAAAGGUGGGAUAAUGAAGAUGAGUAGAAUACCGUGUAACAUGAAAAGUGGGAUAAUGAAGAUGGGUAGAAUACUGCAUAACAUGAAAGGUUGGAUAAUGAAGAUGGGUAGAGUACCGCAUAACAUGAAAGGUGGGAUAAUGAAGAUGGAUAGAAUACCGUAUAACAUGAAAGGUGGGAUAAUGAAGAUGGGUAGAAUACCGCAUAACAUGAAAGGUCGGAUAAUGAAAAUGGAUAGAAUAUCGUAUAACAUGAAAAGUGGGAUAAUGAAGAUGGGUAGAAUACCGUAUAACAUGAAAGGUGGGAUAAUGAAGAUGGGUAGAAUACCGCAUAACAUGAAAGGUGGGAUAAUGAAGAUGGGUAGAAUACGGUAUAACAUGAAAGGUGGGAUAAUGCAGAUUGGUAGAAUACCGUAUAACAUGAAAGGUGGGAUAAUGAAGAUGGGUAGAAUACCGUAA